CGAGGAUUUAUCAACCAGACAUCGUUGGUCUUGCUCCUUCACGGCAGAUUUGUCCGGUGCCCUCCGCAAUGAGUCAAUUGUGGCUAGUCGUUGCUCGACGGGUCCGUCAAUUCAUCAACCAGAAAUAUCGAAGGCACUCCCCAGCCGUGAAGCUAGGAGCAUUUGGACCUCCUGCCUGACGUGUCAUCCCUGACGGCCGCCAUGAGACCGUCAGAACGGACCGUAGAGCAGGAUACCGAAAUGUUCAUCACGUGGCGGAGGCCAUAUCUAUCAAGAAUAUGUGAGUGGCAUCCAUAUCCAAACGGAACAAAGCCUCGGCUGAAGAAAAGUGUGCUCUCUGUACACAUACACACGUGUCGACAAGCAGAAUGUCACACAAGGCCGUCGCUUUGCGACACCUGCAAUGCCAUCCAUCCAUCCAGCCGUGCUGUGGAAUACCAUCCCCUCCAUCUAUUCACGCGAUGCAAAAAGCAUACAGACGCUGCUCUCGCCCCAACCUCCAGCAUCUUCCACCGAAACGCUCUCGCACCCUGUCGAUCUGUGCAGCUACACACAUGCGUGUCAGUGUGUUGUGUGUCGGGCAGCAGCCCAGCGUCUGUGCGAUGGCAGCAGACCUUACAAUGAAUACGUUACAGUCGCAGGAAGAGACGGUGGGUGGAUUACGUACGCAAUGCAUCCGCUCCCGCGUUGCUAUUGCACUCAGAUCAGGCAGGCUAUGUAUAGGUAGACAGUGAGAGAGAGAGGAUGUAUUGACAGAGUGGAAGGGGAAAGGAGGCGAAGCCAGCCCCCCCCCCCCCUCUCUGUGUGCGUGUGAUUGUGAUUGUGUGCGGUCUGUCUUCAGAAGAGUGCGGGGAAGGGCGUGAGUUUGGGCAGGAAGGCGUAUGUGUGUGCCUUGUAGGCCUCGAAGCCGGGGUACCGCGAGAGCGACUUGUCCUUCUUGGUGGCAUUGGGGACGAACACCCCCAGCCACCACACCAGACACACACACCAACCGACCCAGCUCUUGGCCAUCAUGCAGUACCUGACACACACACACGCACACAUCACAACACAACACAUUUGUCUGCAGCCAGCGAGUCGCGACUCACCCGGCGUAGAUCAGGACCUCCCCGAGGUAUCCUGGGUUGCGUGUGCGCUGGUACAUGCCAUCGGUGAUAAGGCCCUUCCUGUACUUGAGCAUGCAGUACGUCUGCGCGUCCGUCACGAACUGAAUGAACCAACCAUAGAAUUGAAUGGCGUCACAGUAGUCGACAAGGAGAGGCGGCUUGGCUUUCCUUCUCUCUCUCCAAGCCAGCCAGCCCACCUACAUUUAGGAAGAUGCCCCACAUAAAGGAGAAGAGCGCCAGGCCGAUGCGCCAGGGGGGCAGCUCGCGAGUGGUCCACGCCUGUCGUGAGUGACACAACAGAGGACGGAUGGAAGAACACACACACACAGAAGUGGGGUUGCGGUAGGUAAGUGUGAGUGUCUGUCGUGGGCCGGCCUUACGAGGGCUACGGCGAUGGAGAGGUAGCUGUUGGCCAUCGUGAAGGUCAUCCAGAACUCGGCGUUGCCCAGCUCGAACUCAAAAUUCUGCCACACACAUCAAUCACACAUAUCAGUGAGUGAUGCCUCCCUCCUGUGCGCCGCGCCCAUUCUUCCGCUGCUCUGCUCACCUUGAAGGGGAAGGUCUGCACCCACCGAGCAAAGCACACAAAGCGCCACAGCAGCAAGCAGAAAGUGCACACAAUGCCGGCCGGCGUCUGUCGAUCGAUCUGUGUGGUGGGUGUUGGGUGCGCUGCGCUCACCGAGUAGAUGGUGAUCCAGAAGAGGGCGUAGCAGGUGUGCAUGACGAAGUACACCACAAUGGGCAGCUCGUAGUUGUUGAAAGCCACCAUCAUCAGCAUGAUGAAGACGGGCACAAACGCCUUGUGGAGAUUGAUGGCCUGGUUCGCUGAUCAAGUGACACACACAGGCCAACCACACACACACACACACGCGUGUACAACGGACCGUCAGCACACCCUCCCUCCCUUCCUCCCCUUCCGCGUGUCUGUCUUUCGUUGUCUUCUUACUUACUUGUCUUAAAGCCGAAUGUGGGUCCGAAUCUGAUGUCCGCUAUAUCAGUGCCAUAGAGGGGGCCCGACGGCUUGGCCGCCGCCUCAUCCUUCUUGACAGCGGCGUCCAGCUGCUCAGUGCUGCCACUGGCAGUGCUGGGGGGCGUGCGGGUGUCGGGAGGCGCCAUUGUCACUGUGCUGUGCGCUGGUCAGGUGUGUUGUCAGAAGGUCAAAGGGGCCCACUGCGCUCCGAAGAAUCUGAAAAGAUGAAGGCUCAGAGUGCUGGCUCCACCCCGACGAUGUCACGUGUGUGUGUACGUUGAGCUGACGUCAGAUCUCCCCGCUUGUG